AUGUUUUUAGUACAUAAUGUUACUACACUGCAGCUUAACUAUGCAUUUGUUACAGGAAUUCAAACAGACCGAACUGAGCAUGCGUACGCGUCGGCACAGGAAUACAAAGAGGCUCUCGAAGCGCUCCGAAGGAACACCGGCGUUGAACGCAGCAAACCCCAACGCACACUCGAAUCGGAAAUUAGAUCUGAAGAGAUCGAUCAAGAGAUACCAGAAGAAAUCAUCCCAAGCCCAUGGGAACUGAACAAUACAGCGCGUGCUGAAACAGAAAUAUUAUUUUUCAACCGCGUACCUAAAGUCGGCAGCCAAACCUUUAUGGAGCUACUUCGUAGACUUUCUAUAAGAAAUAGUUUUGGUUUUCAUCGGGACACAGUGCAACGCGUGGAGACAAUCAGACUGGCGCCCCCCGACCAGCAGGCACUAGUGAGACUGGUGUCAGCGCACACGCCACCUGCAUCUUACAUUAAACACGUUUGCUACACGAAUUUCACCAGGUUUGGUUAUCCAUCGCCUAUCUACGUGAACGUUGUGCGCGAUCCCAUAGAGCGAGUUAUAUCUUGGUACUACUACGUGAGAGCUCCAUGGUAUUAUGUGGAACGGAAGAGGGCAUUCCCUGAUCUGCCAUUGCCUGACCCAGCAUGGUUGAAAAAGGAUUUUGAAACCUGCGUUCUGAGCGGCGACCGUGAAUGCCGCUACUUAGAAGGAGAGACACAUGAAGGUAUUGGCGAUCAUCGUAGGCAAACCCUGUUCUUCUGCGGCCACGACCCACAGUGCACACCAUUUAAUAGUUUGGAAGCCCUGCAGCGCGCAAAACGGGUGGUUGAACAACAGUAUGCUGUAGUAGGUGUGUUAGAAGAUAUGAACGCUACACUUACCGCCUUUGAGCGAUAUGUCCCUAAAUUUUUCCAAGGCGCUUUGAGAAUGUAUUGGGAAGAACUGAAUACGUUUAACCGGAUCAAUCGCAAUGCCUUCAAACCACCGGUCUCAGAAGUGGUAAAAAACAUUGUUCGUGCCAACUUUACGAGGGAAAUCGAAUUUUAUGAAUUCUGUAAACAAAGACUGCAUCUGCAAUUAAAAGCACUGCGAGAUUCUUCAAUCCAAUUACCCGUGACAUCUAGCUAUCAAAUACCAUCUAGCUACAAUAUGGUG